AGAAGUGUGUUAACGGAGGAGAAAGCUGGCUCUGACUGAGAUGUGUGUGUUUGCAGGGUGUCCCCUAUGUGGAGGGCAAUGGGAUGAGCAGUCUGUACAAACUGCAGAGUGGAGGAGCCAUCUCAGGACCCCCUGGAGCACCAGGUGCACAAGGCCCCAAAGGAGACGAGGGAAGAGUGGGAGAUCCCGGAUCCAUGGGUUUACCUGGACUAGAAGGACUACCUGGAGCCAAGGGUGAUCUGGGGAUACCUGGAGCCCCUGGAAUACCUGGCCCUUCAGGGAAACCUGGAGCUCGUGGUGAUUCGGGUAUCCCUGGGGAACCGGGUGAGAGGGGCCCGCUGGGGGAGACAGGAUUCCCAGGACCUGAGGGACCCCAAGGUGCUCCUGGGAGGCCCGGGAAAGAUGGACUUCCUGGGUACGAGGGAGCCACAGGUAGACUAGGAGACAGAGGAUCAAGGGAGAACGGGGGAUACCUGGAGCGUUGGGAGUCCAAGGACACCAAGCCCUCUGGGAAGGACAGGAGACUCCAAGGAAUAGUGGGACGUUGGUUAUAUGGGCCCCAAGGCCACCAAGACCCUGGCCCCCAGGUCCCAUAG